AUUAUACUCGUAUUACCUAUUAUUAUUUAAUUAUUAUUAAUGUUAUAAAAACUAUACUCUGUUCCAAAAGAGAAUAUCUGCACAUUUUAUUCCCUUUCCACUACCUAUGCCGUUAUGUAUGAGAUAUGCAUUAAUAGACAGAAACCGGUCACCACCUGGUAUAUUCUCUUUUGGAACAGAGUAUACGUUAGGAACCAAAUUUACUUAUUCUAUUCUAUAAAUUGUUUUAUUUAUCUUGUCCCAAGUUUUGUUGCUAGGAAUCUAUGUAAUUUAUUUUUCAAUCUUUUUUACUGAGUGAAUGAAUUUAUUUAGGCUCAACAUAGCAGUGGUAAAAGUGGAGUUUGUUUAAACUCUCUGAUGUUCCUGACAAAACACAUGGGCCAAAGAUUGACACACUUAAAUUUGGCCGAUAAUCGUCUCUCGGGGAUUACUCAAUUAGUCAAUUCUUUAGCUACGCACUGCCCAAAUCUCCAAUCUUUGGAUUUGACUAAAGUCCGGAUGGUUGGUAAUACAGGAAAUCUUCAUAUUGAACGUUUACAAGAAGGAUGUCCAAAAUUGCGUGUACUACGAAUGUCUACUAGCCAACUAUGUCUAAGUAAUGUUCCAUUGAAUGAGCAAGCCUUAUCUCCUGGUUUUCCACUUUUGGAAGAAUUAAGUGUUGCUACAAUUUCUAAUGAUCUAAAUGUCUCUGGACAACCAUUUAUUGAUGAUCAAGCACUUGAGAGGAUACUAAAAACAUCGCAUAAAUUGUAUGUGCUUGAUGUUAGAGGAUGUUCUAAAGUAACAGAUUCAAGUCUAGUUAGGAUACCUGCAUGGGAUUUGACCCACCUAUAUUUAUCAGGAUCUUUUGUUACUCGAGUAUCAGAUUCUGGUCUUGAUCUGAUAUGUAAAAAGUGGAGUCAUAGUCUCAUAGAAAUCGAUCUAUCAUGGUCAACCAACACUACAAUACUGGAUGCAGCUGUUUUUGCAAUUUCAGAACAGGGAGAAAAAUCUAUGCUUAGAAAAAUGGAUCUUACUGGUUCCUCUGUUAGUCUUGAACCAGUAAAAGCUGUAUUAAAUAAUUGUCACCGUCUCAGCGCCUUAAACUUAGCAUCCUGCCGAGGCCUACCUAGAGGCAUCAAAAGGCUGUAUAAAGGUCACUCAUUGACUGAAUUACGAGCACAGCUUAAUAAACCUGAUUCAUCUCAAGAAUCUGAAGAUGGAGGCGGCUAGAUUUAACUUUAAGGUACCUUCCAUUUCUUUUUUUACUGUUUUUAUUUAUUUAUUUUUUUUUUUUUUAUUACUUUUUUACAUGUUAUGUUUAAACAAUUGAGAGAUUGUUGGUCAAUGUGAUAGUUAUAAAUUUACAUUAAUAUUAUUAUUAUUAUUAUUAUUUUUUUUUUUUUAAUAUUAUUAAUUAUUCUGCCCGAUAUAUUAAGUAAUAGUACAAAUUAAAAAAAUUACAUUUUUCAUAUUAUUUUUCUCCAUGAAAAAAUUUAAACAAAACAUAAUAUAAUCGUAUAUUGAUAUCCUUUUUUGUUGAUUUGCCCACUGUAAUUUUAUAUAAUG